UUCUUCAUCCAUGUAGCCUCCAUUAUAAAUUGCUUCGUCAAGUUUAUUGGCCUAUUAAAGCAAUUAGGAUCUUCAUUGUUUCUUUGAAGUUUGCACCUCCAUUAUUUGAUCUUGAUUAGUAACCCUCUCCAAACAUAUUUACAAGUUUUGAAUCAUUCAGAGAGUUAUUCUUUUGAGAGCUAACGAGUGAGGUUAUUAUUAUUUUUUCUUGUUCCUGUUUGUGUGAUUUUUUCACAGAUACCAUGCCGAUCACUAGAUCCCAAACUAGUAAAAAUGAAGAGGAUGAGCAAAAAAGAGAUAACAUUUUCCACACGAGAUGUUUGAUUGGUGGACAACCUAGUUCAUUGAUCAUCGAUAGUGGAAGUUGCACCAAUGUGGUGAGUUCUUCCCUUGUUGAGAAACUUGACCUACCUUGUGUGAAGCAUCCAAGGCCAUACCGCUUACAAUGGCUGAAUGAUAGUGGGGAGGUAAAAUUAUCUAAACAAUGCUUAGUUUCAUUUUCUAUUGGUAGAUACUCUGAUAAAGUUUUGUGUGAUGUUGUUCCAAUGCAAGCUGGGCACAUAUUACUUGGACGGCCAUGGCAGUUUGAUCGACGAGUAAAUCAUGAUGGUUUCCUUAACCAAUAUACUUUUGUGUUCCUUGGAAAGAAGUUUACUUUGGCUCCACUUCCUCCUCAAGAAGUCUACAAUGAUCAACUCAAACUUGCUAGUGAGAUGGGUAAGGGAAGUGAGGUAAAAUCAUUGAAAAAGGCUGAGAGUAAAGAGGCCCUUAGUGUUAAAAGCCAACUUAAAGGCCCAACAUUGGUGAGUGAUUGCACACACAAGUCACGAGAUGAGAAAGUGAGUUUAUUCGCUAGGUUUCGAGAUAUCAAAUUUGCUCUUUGUACAAAACAAACAUUUGUAAUUAUUAGGUUUAAGGAAAACUUUAUUUUGACUAACCUUAAUACACAUUUGCCUAGUUGUUUUGUUGAUCUUUUGCAGGAUUUUGAGGAUGUAUUUCCUUCUGAAAUGCCUAAGGGAUUACCUCCUUUACGAGGGAUUGAACAUCAAAUUGACUUUGUGCCUGGUUCGAGUAUUCCGAAUAGACCAGUCUAUCGAAGCAAUCCUGAAGAAACUAAGGAGUUGCAAAGGCAAGUUGAAGAUCUCUUAGAGAAAGGGUUAAUUCGUGAGAGUCUAAGCCCUUGUGCGGUCCCUGUACUUCUCGUCCCAAAAAAAGAUGGUUCUUGGAGAAUAUGUAUUGAUUGUCGUGCUGUCAACAAGAUUACGUUCUACAGGAAUCCAUGUGGAUGAGGAGAAGGUAAAGGCAAUUCAAGAAUGGCCUAUCCCUAAAACUGUUUCUGAUGUAAGGUCUUUCAUUGGGUUAGCCGGUUUCUACCGCAGGUAUAGGUGCCGUCCUCAUGCAAGAUAGUAAACCAAUAGCCUACUUUAGUGAGAAACUUGGUGGAGCACAUUUGAACUAUUCGACCUAUGAUAAAGAGUUGUAUGCCUUGGUAAGGGCAUUAGAAGUUUGGCAACAUUACCUUUUACCAAAGGAGUUUGUGAUUCACACUAACCAUGAAUCACUUAAGCACUUAAAGGGACAAGGUAAGUUGAACAAGCGACAUGCGAGGUGGGUUGAAUUUAUUGAAUCUUUUCCUUAUGUUAUAAGGUAUAAGAAAGGUAAAGAUAAUAUUGUGGCUGAUGCUCUAUCAAGGAGGUAUACU